AUGGCUGAAGGCACUGUGUCGGUUGCUGAGGUGGAGGCGGCAUUCCAGAGGUUCGCCGUCCACGGGGACACCAAGGCCACCGGCAAGGAGAUGAACGGGAAGAACUUUGUCAAGCUGUGCAAGGACUGCAAGGUCAUCGACGGGAAAAAUGUCACCAGCACAGACGUUGACAUUGUCUUCAGCAAAGUGAAGGCAAAGACCGCACGCGUGAUCACAUUUGAGCAGUUCAAGCAGGCGAUGGCCGAGCUGGCCCCGAAGCGCUUCAAGGGGAAGGGCCAGGAGGAGGCCCUGCAGCUGGUCUACGGGCUGAUGGCAGGAAAGGGUCCUGCCAACGUAGGAGUGACGAAAGUAGCCAAGGCGGCCGCAGUGGACCGGCUGACGGACACCUCGAAGUACACCGGCUCCCACAAGGAGCGCUUCGACGAGUCCGGCAAGGGCAAAGGCAAGGAGGGCCGCGAGGAGAUCCCGGACACCAGCGGCUACGUGGGGGCAUACAAAGGACAGGGGACCUUCGAUGAGAAGGUCAAGGAGGAUGAGUGAAAGGAGAGAGGGACAACCGUAGAGGGUAGGGGGUGCCGGAUACAGGAGAGGAUUGGUAUGGGUAAUGGUAAGGGAUAAGAAAAGGAAAGACACAGGAGAAGGCCAAAUAAUGUUGAAGGAGAAUUAAAAAAAGGAGUAAAAAGGUAGAUAUGUAGGCCUACUGUAC